AUGUCGUCGAAUCCUCGCUCACGAUGGGCCAACGCGCAGGAGGAUGAGGCAGUGGAGGCCGAGCGCAAGCGACAAAAGGAAGAGCGGCGCCAGCGCAAAGCAGCCAAGGCUCGCAAGGCCGAGGAGGAGGAGGAAGCGAGGAAGAAGAAGCACUCUCUAGGAUCGACGGAUGACCGACCCACGAAGCGGCAAAGACGGACGCCGGAGCCGGAUCUCCCGCCAGCAAAGCCGCUGCGCUUCGAGGUAGAGGGCUGGGACAAGUCUCGGAGUGUCGAGCACUAUGAUAAACUGAACGACAUCGAGGAGGGCACGUACGGCUGGGUCGCCCGUGCCACUGAGCUGGCCACUGGGAAGGUGGUUGCGCUGAAGCGCUUGAAGCUCGAGGCUGGCGAUCGCAGCGGACUGCCUGUGACAGGGCUCCGGGAAAUACAGAUCUUGCGCGACUGCAAGCAUCGCAACAUUGUCUCAAUGGACGAAGUAGUCGUCGGCGAUAAUGUUUCCCGACUGGACAAUUCCAUAUUUCUUGUCCUAGAGUUCGUCGAACACGACCUCAAGGGAAUCCUCGACGACAUGCCCGAACCGUUCCUCUCCUCCGAAGUCAAGCAACUACUCCUCCAACUCACAUCCGGCGUCGCCUAUUUGCACAAUCACUGGAUCCUACACCGGGAUCUCAAGACCUCGAAUAUCCUCCUCAACAACCGCGGCCAACUCAAAAUCGCCGACUUCGGCAUGGCUCGCUACGUGGGAGACCCCCCUCCCAAACUCACCUCCCUCGUCGUCACCCUCUGGUACCGAAGCCCAGAGCUGCUCCUGGGCACAAAGACCUACGGCAGCGCCGUGGAUAUGUGGAGCGUGGGCUGCAUAUUCGGCGAGCUCCUCACCCGCGAGCCGCUGCUGCAGGGCAAGAACGAGGUCGACCAGAUAUCCAAGGUCUUCGAGCUGUGCGGUGUGCCCACCGAGGAGUCGUGGCCCGGCUUCCGCAGACUCCCCAACGCCCGGUCGCUGCGGCUGCCACGGUCCGCGCAGACGACCGGCUCCGUCAUCCGCGCCCGCUUCCCCAACCUGACGUCUGCGGGCGCCUCGCUGCUGAACGAUCUCUUGGCUCUGGAUCCGGAGCGGCGGCCGUCCGCCAGCGAGAUGCUGCAGCACGAGUACUUCCACCAAGACCCCAAGCCAAAGCCCGAGAGCCUGUUCCCCACGUUCCCCAGCAAAGCUGGGCAAGAGAAGCGGCGGCGGCACGAACCCAAUGCCCCUGCUCGGGGCCAAGCAGCAGCUUCGCUUGGAGAAGUUGAUCUGGGCGGUCUAUUCCAGAGACGAGAAAGGGAAGAGAGAGGCGCGGGGUUCUCAUUACGAAUGGUCUAA